AUGGAAGGGUCAAACAAGAGUAGGACCAUGUCAGAGACGAAGCUGAGGUCGAAGACGACGAGUAGCGUGGGCACUUCGGCCUCGAGGAGCGCGUUGACCUCGACUGCGAGGAUGAACAUCGCGCCCCUUUCCGGGUCCCGAGCGUCGAGAUCCUCCUCCAAGAGCCGCUCGGCGGGCAAGGUGCCGAUGGGGAGGCUCCUCUCGGUUCCCGAAAAGCGCGAGCUCGGCAUUAUCUCCGACGACCGCGACGACGACGAUGACGACGAUCCGUCCAGGAGGAAGCCUAGGAGGAAGCCCCCCGCGCGUCCCCCUCCGAGGAAGGACGACUCCGCCGGGAACGCACCGCCGUUCGGCGUGCCCAAGUCCCGCAUCCUCGAGCUCGAGCAGGCCAUGCGGGAGGAGCUCCGCAGAGUGCACACCGCGGCGAGGUCGUCGAAGGUGCACCUCACCGAGGCGUUCGAGGAGAUGGACGAGCUCGGCAUCGGCAUGGUGUCGCACAAGGACUUUCAGAGGGUGUGGGAUUACCUCGGCGUGGACCUAACCGCAGAGGAGACGAGGGCGAUGUGCAGGUUCAACGGUGGCGGCGCCGAGGGCGAGGCGAUGCCGUACGAGAACUUCAUCAAGCGGAUGGUGCGGGGCGCCGCGAGGCAAAGCGCGGAGAAACCCGUGUGCAGGGGGUACCCGGUGGUUGACGACGAUUUCAAGAGGAAGAUCAUAUACCCCCGCUGUCGCAAGGGGGUCAACGCGCCGAGCGACUUUGACGUCGCGCUCGCGGACAGAUCCACGCUUCCUCCCGAGGCUAAGCUUGAGCUGGAGUUUGUGUACGGCUACGACGGGGUGACGAGCCACGCGCAGAACCUCUUCUUCGUCAACGGCGCGGGACGGCCAUCUGCCGGCCGCGAGGCUGCCUCGUCCAAGCCGAAGCUCGGCGACGUCGUCGCGUACCACGCGGCCUCCCUGGGCAUCGUGUACGACCGCGCGCGCGAUACCCAGAGGUUCUUCACCGGCCACACGAAGGACAUCACGUGCAUGACGACGUGCGCCGCCGAGGUUGAGGUUGGCGGCGUGACGUAUCCCCCGCUGACCCUCGCGGCGACGGGCCAGAAGAAGCCCGUCGAGGACCCGGACACGGAGGACGAGGAGAGACCGUUCGUCGCGAUUUGGGACGUUCGGACGUGCGAAGAGGUGGCACGAGUGCCCCUGGAGACAAACUUCAGGUCGGUCGCCGCGGUGAGCUUCAGCCCGGACGGUUCCAAGCUGGUGACCGUCGCGUGCGAUAAUAACCACACGGUGCAGAUUUGGAACUGGCGCAAGCCGGGCAUCGGCGAGGCCAGGCCGGGGGGUAAGGUCGUCGGCCUGGUCGGCGAGGGCCCGGGGUUCAAGGAGCGACCAGUGGGGGUUUUCGGCGUCAAGUGGGACCCGUUCGCGAAGCCCGGCCUGGAGCGAUUCUGCACCUGGGGCAAGAAGCACCUGAAGCAGUGGACCAUGAACCCGGCGACGAAGCGGUGGUCCGCAAUCACGAUGUCGUUCGGGGAAUUCGGCGUCGGAAACGUGCUGUCGUGCGAGUUCCUGAAACCUCCCGAGCUGAGCAAAACGUCCGCGUGGGAUAUGCCGGUGACGCAGGGCGCGGUGGUCACGGGCAUGCCCGACGGGACCCUGCUGCUGUGGCGCGGCGGCAAGGCGGUGAAGAGGGUUGAGGCGCACGGUCGCGGGCAGAGGACAAUCCAGCCGGAUGGGACGGUCGCGUGGGGAGGCGGCGUCAGGGCGCUGCGGCUCAGGGACGAUGGCCUCACUCUGCUCACGGGCGGCGCGGACGGGUGCAUUCGACAGUGGGACGCCCGGAAGAACACCGUCGGCGACCAGGUCACCGACCCAGUUUCGCUCGCCAAGUACUCGGCCAGGAUGGAGACCCCUGACGACGACGAGGAACAGGACGAGGUAAACGACGGCGAGGGAGGCGAGAAAAAGACCAGGGCGUUGCCUCCCGUCGCCAUACGCUCCAUCGACUGCUAUCCCGGCUCCGACGUCGUCGUCGCGGGCACGGACAAGUGCGACGUGUGGGAGUGCAACGUGGAAGACGAGAGGGCCAAGAUGGUGAUGAAGGGCCACCGGGCGGACCUUCGCGCCGUUUGCUGGCAUCCGACCGCGCCGGACGUGUUCAUCAGCGCGUCGGAGAGCGGCAGCUUGUACCUGUGGAGCGCGGCCGAGACCAAGGUGCUCAGAUGCGCCGACGUCGGGUUCCCGGCGAGUGCGGUGGCGUGCAGCAACAAGGCGCUGGCGAAGACCGCCGGGGACGACGAGCGGUCGCAUCACAUCGCCGUCGGGGGAAAGAACGGGGAAUUCGCCGUGUUUGACGAAGAGACGCUGCGCCCGAUAUUUAGCACGGUCGUGUCCAAGGGUGCGUCCGUCGAGGACGUCAAGUACUCUCCAGAUGACACGCGCCUGGCGGUGAGCACGAGGGACUCCUCGUUGGAUAUAUUCCUGGUGCGGGGCAGGGCGGGCAGGGGUUACGCCCUCCAGUCCAAGUGCGAGGGCCACAGCGCGGCGGUGCGUCACCUCGACUGGUCGGAAGACUCGUCCGUGCUGUCCAGCGACGGCGCCGACUACGAGCUGCUGUACUGGGACGCGCGGACCGGUCGACAAAACCUGGAUUCCCAGAUGGACACCGGGUGGGCGACGUGGACGCGGGUCCUCGGCUUCCCCGUCAUGGGCAUAUGGCCCCCGGGCAGCGACGGCACGGACGUCAACGCGUGCGACAGGUCCCCGGACGGUGACUUUUUGGUCACGGCUGACGACGGGGGCGCUGUGAAGCUGUUCGCCUACCCCGCCGUCGUCGAGGACGCCGCGCACCGAACGUACCGCGGCCACUCUUCGCACGUGACGUGCGCGCGGUUCUCGCCCGACGGGGAGCGGGUGAUUUCCUCGGGGGGACGGGACAGGUGCGUGUUCCAGUACCGCGUCUGGCCGGUGGAGGCCCCGGAGCCGAGACCGCCGACGCCGGAGAAGCAGUGGCUGCCGCUGGACGCCUCGGGGAAGAACUACGGCUGGCGCCUGCCUUAA